GGACAUUGGGGGAAAACGCGAGGCUAGUUCAAAGAAAAAUCAUACGAUAACCACGCAAGCGGCGACACCAACAACCAGCAAGCCGGAAGAGAACCUUCUUUCUUAGUCCCAGUCUUCUCGAGCCAUACCCAGGCACACAUUCGUGCAAGUGGCUACACCCUCUUCUUUCUUCGAGUACGGGAAGGCCCGAAAAAACGUGGUCGCGAAGGCGGAGUCAGUCGCGACAGCGGUCUUUGUCUGCUUUCCUCCUCGCAGAAGCCUAUCAACGGCUACCGCGCCGUGCUUGUUUUACCCCCCCAAUUUACGUCCAGUUCCACGUCCACGUCCGCGGCGGCCGGGCGCCAGGUACUAGGUGUUCAGGGCGAGCGCAUACCGCGCCUUCGCUGGUGAGAGACAUACGCCACACCACUGUGUUGACGCCAGCACCGAGCCCUGCAUGAUGGAUGUCUCAGACGCUCUAGAGACAGACAUCCCGGGCACACCGGACUGGGACAUAGAUACUAGCGGUCUUCAGUGUAUUGCCUGUGGUUGCGACCUACCCAGUGUGUCGGACCCAUCAUCGGUCCCGUCAGGGGAGCAGCGUAAUGGAUGCGAUGAAUGCUCCUCCUUCGUAACACUUCACGAUAGGAUGCGACAGGCUAGUGGCGACUGGGAGAUCGUGAAGUCGCGGAGGCCAAACUUCAGGGGGAGGAUAGAAGCGCUGAACGAGUACAUGGAAGCACGCAUGGAGCUUGCCAAUUUCGUGCUACAAUCGACGGAUGAUCGUCAGCGUCGAGCCUGGGGUCCCACCCAACAACGUGGCAGUCAUCCCCCGGGUCCAGAUGGAGUGGGUCCAUCGGAAGAAGCACCACCGCCGUCCUCAGUCACGAAGCGCGCCCGCAGUCAAAUGUCGUCGCCAGACAUGGGCGCACAAGGCUUGAGCAAGCGCGCCCGCGUCAGUAUACAUGGGAAGGGAGUGCAAUUUGAUGAUGCAACCACGGUCCGUGACAUGUCUGAGCAGAGAUCGUGUGACGACUUUAGAAGAGGCAGUGAGUCCUACAUGCGUGGACGAAACGCAGCGUCUGAGGGGUACGAACUCGUAGACACAAGUGGAUCUGAAGUCUUGUUCAAGAACUUCUAUCAAGAAACGUGGGAUGCGAAGCGCCGUCAGUGGAUCAGCGCAUCCCCUAUCCACGAUCCCGACGAGGACAAGGAAGCUACCUAUGAGCCUGAGGGGUGGAGUGAUGACCUAUCUUACCGACGGGGUGUAGAUGAGCAAGACCUCCCUGAACAUAACGAACCACGUGGAAAUGACCUGCAGGAUGGUGAGCAUGCCAAAGCUAGCACUACUGACCCAAUACUCGACAACGAGAUGGUGUUGCGAACCGUCGAUUCGUCAGGAGACAAACUCCGGAGCGGACAAGGCGCUUUCGUAUCCGCUUCGGCAGAUGGUGUGGAGCCGUUGGGAGAUACCGGGAGCUCCAAGAACUUGCAACAACAUGUGGGGUCAUCAUCAGGUCGUGCAAGUACGACGUCUACCCCAGAUACCGACUCCACGGCGACUUCGACUGCGCGAUCGCGUCAAACUUCAAACGGGAACUCGGGUGCAUCCGGUACACGGUUGGAAUCAGAGGUAUCAGGGCGCGAUGAAGCUCCCGUCGACGAUAACUUCACCACCCCACCUGGGAACGACGAUGGUGGGAGCCUAACUCACUCUACCUGACUCGAAUUGCGGAUCGCUACUUGGGACAAGCUCGUACGUUCUCCACAGCGAAACCCCACAUGUUGAACGUCACUUCAAAAGUUCACGAUAUUAUGGAGUACUCUGAUGUCUAUAUUCACUCCGUGCGAACGAGAUGAGUAUUGGUGCGCACAUCAGAGUGGAAACUUUGAGAUCUUGAAGAGACGGUCAAUGUAUGGACGGAAAAAAUCUUCCGAGACAAUCCCCAAGUAAUGUCACUUACGAAUCAAGAUCUCAAUGCGCUAUAGAUAUAAGCAGAAGGUAAUGUCGUAGCCUAUGCGGACAUGUUCUUCGGUCUGUAAUGGCAUGAAUGUUCUUGACACUGAUUUACAUAACUACAGACAGACUGUCAUUCAAGCGUAGGCCUUAAUGAACCACUUCAUUCUAAAUGGAAUGAUUGUUUCGGAUAAGUCUCUACGUAAUUAAAUGAAU